AUGUCUGACACGACUUUAGAUGUCUCCCCUCCUGGCCCAUGGGACGCUUUCACCAUCACCGAUGGGCGCAUCGUGACUGGUGCCAAUCCUGCAAGAUUCUCCCUUUGUUUGGUCUGUUUGUACAAGGAUUACAAGGGGAGGAGCCAAAAUCAGAUUAGUGUGCCGCUAGAUAGGGUUUGGGAACUAAGUCGCAAGAGUGUGGAGUUAAAAGUGAUUUUGAAUAUGACUGUAUCAAACGUUCCUUACAUGCAAUCUCUUGUUCUGGGAUCUGGUGGGUUCGCCUUCAAGAUUUAUGCAAGAAAAGCCAUCCUUUCUGGAAUAAACCCACACAACCCGAAGCAAAAAUGGGUCUAUUACACUGAAGCGGCCAAGGUCACUGACUCAAGCCUAAUUACGGAUGAUAAAGUUGCGACCAAAGCGCCAUCCUCAGAGACUGGGCAAGAGACAGUUCGCUUCUGCGAAGUGGACAAUAACCAACGGCGCGAUUACCUGAUUCAACUCUUAACAGAAAUCCAUAAUGGCGCCACCAAAAAUCUUUACUCGGCCAACUUGCUCCUUUCCGUGACUCAGUUUAAUGUUGUCCGCGCGAUGUACUCAAAUGCCACAAGCUUGGGCCUCACCGCAGACUUGCUUGGAGAAGACAUUGCGUCCCAAUUCAACAUAGUUGGUCCUUUGGCACUGCCUUUACCUCCCAGCUUGCAACCAACUUCCCACCAGAAAAAGAUCAUACAUCACCCGUGGAUUGACCUGAUUCCAAUGGUUUCCCUUCGUGAUGUUCUUUUGGGAUCAAUGUACCGAUAUGAUGAGGACGAACUUUGCGGAGAUCUUUUUGGACUUUGCGGUACCUCUAGAGAAGUUGGCCUUUUUAUUUGGGGUGAAGCAUGGGAUCCAUCGGCAUACGAAGCUUCAGAAAAGUUUGUGCAGAAGUGGAGUUGGAUUUUCAAGGACUGUCCAGAUAUCUUGGAAUCAACAAACUACUGGAGAAGGAAAAGGGGAGAGAGGCCUUUGCGCCUUGAUUUUUCAGGAGCAAAAGUAUCUAAAUUCGGCGAAGACUCAUGUACAUAG